AGUCAGAAGACGAGAAGACACAAGACAGACACAACACGACAGUGACGACAGUAAAGAGAGAGAGAGUAGAGAGUAGAAGAAAAAUCAUGGACGACAGAUACAGAAAGUAUAUUAACAAUCAUUGUGUUAAAAUGCCUAAAAAAGUGACAAUAUUAAAAGAAAGCCUAGUAUGGCUGUAGUUUAUUUGAUAGUUCAUUGAGAAAUUUUGCUCUUACCACUUGUAAACAAUGUAUUGUCGUCGGAUUUGUGAUUAUUAUGAGCCUUAUUCUUCGUGAUAGACUUUAUUAAUAAUAAUGCAUUAUUCAUAUAAAUUACUUCUUUGUGUAUUUGUUGUGGUUGAUGUCUUUCAAAAUGCUAUUGUAUUAGGUGCCUACGAUGACACGAACGAGGACGACGAUGGAGACCCGCUGAAGGGAAAAAUCAUCAUUCAGGUCGGUGACCGCAAUGACAAACAUCUGCUGCAAAACUACGCUCAACUGAUGGCUGGCGUAAAACCCGAAAUUAGGCAGAUUGGCAGCGAUGAUGAUGACGAUGACGGUUCUCACAACCAGAUUGAAACUGAGCAGCGGAUCCCAGUCAACUUGGAUCUCCUUAACAAAACCGCAUCCAAGAAAGAGGCCUCCAUGAAACGUUUCACGUGUCAUAGCUGUGAUCAGCCGGACUGCUCGCUCAGAGCUCCCUGUACUGAUGGAAUUCAGUGUUGGUCUUCACACUCAAGAGACUCGAACGGAAAAGAUUUCUUCUCUCGCGGUUGCACAAAUAGACUGGAUCAGGUGCCUUUUUUCUGCGGUACAGGGUCUGGUACGGGUAACCAUGUAACCCUGGGUCGCACUCACAGUAAACGCAACGCUGGAGCGGGACAGUACAAGUUCGACUGCUGUAUGGGCGACUAUUGCAACAAUAGGUCGUUUCCACUCUUGCCACCCAUCGUUAAUGACGAGCCAUCGGGAAUUUUGUCGUCGGUGUUUGUCUGGAAACUUGCACUGGCCGUAGUGGCCCCAAUUGUAGUGCUGGGUAUGGCGGCCAUUGGUGUAGUUCUGCUCAUGCGCAGUAACCACCGCAAGCGACUGGUGGCGCUGCGAUCGCUGCACUCCGAUGUGCUCUAUAGUGGAACUAGCGAUGAUCUGCUAGGAGUGACGGCGGCUGGCGAUAGUACGCUCAGGGAAUAUCUGGGCGGACAAUCGUUAACAUCAGGGUCGGGCUCAGGGCUUCCGCUUCUAAUCCAGAGGACUUUGGCAAAGCAAAUAUCUUUGGCAGAAUGCAUCGGAAGAGGUCGCUACGGAGAAGUAUGGCGUGCUGUGUGGCAUGGUGAAAACAUCGCGGUCAAGAUUUUCUUCUCUAGGGAUGAGGCCUCUUGGACUCGGGAAACUGAUAUUUACAGCACUUACCUGUUGCGCCACGAAAACAUUCUUGGUUACAUCGGCUCAGAUAUGAUGUCUCAGAACUCGUGUACUCAGCUGUGGCUCAUAACACACUAUCACCCACUUGGAUCGCUGUAUGAUCAACUGAAUCGGGCCUCACUCACUCCUCUUCAGAUGGCAAAGCUAUGCUACUCCUUCUUGAAUGGCCUUGUUCAUCUGCAUACAGAAAUAUCUGGCACUCAGAUGGGCAAACCUGGUAUUGCGCACCGGGACAUCAAAAGCAAGAACAUUUUGAUGAAACCCAACUGGUCAUGUUGUAUCGCCGACUUUGGACUAGCGGUCACACAUUCAAGGCUGACCGAUUCCAUGGACGUCCCGCCCAAUCCGCGUGUCGGUACCAAACGUUACAUGGCUCCUGAAGUCAUUGAUGAAUCGAUAAAUAUGUCGAGUUUUGAGUCGCUGAGACUUGCCGAUAUGUACGCAACAGGAUUGGUUCUGUGGGAGAUCUGCUGGAGAACCAUUUCCAACGGAAUCGCCGAACAAUACAAGCUGCCUUACCAUGACUUGGUUCCUAAUGACCCGAGUUUUGAAGACAUGCGCAAAGUAGUAUGCAUAGACCAGCAGCGUCCGAUCAUUCCGAACCGGUGGUCGUCGGAUGUCAUACUGUCCGGAUUAGCGAAGGUGUUGCGAGAGUGCUGGCAUAAAAACCCGCACGUCCGGUUGCCUGCCCUCAGGGUCAAGAAGACCCUUGUCAAACUGGCGCUAACCAUUUCACCCAACGAAACCCCCAGUUCGUGGUUACAUGCUGUUAGUGACUAACAUGGUCAGUAAGUGAUAGUUACUGCUGUAACGUGUGUGUACUGUAUAACUAUAAUGAUAGUAACUUGUUACUAACACAGUCACGAACUGCCAGUGAUUUUUUUGUAUUAUGUUGGUGACAAGCAUCACCAUCAAAUGUUCAAUGUAGCUUCCAUACUAUGUGUGACUAACCUUGGGUAAUAGUUACAUAAAAAACCAACAUGUCACUAACAUAGUCACCAAAAUGUUUGUGAUUUAUUAAAAAAAUAUUGGUAACUGAGUACCAAUGGUACUCACAAUGAUACAGAGCUGGUAUCUGUUUUUCAACGAAUUUUAAAUAUGGUGAAGUUAAAAUAAUACUGUUGAUUAGCUCAAUAGGCAAUCAGUUCCUGAACGUGAAUUGAAAAUCCUUAUAAUCAGUAUUUUGGAAAGGAUUUUUCUAAACUAAUGACAGGUUGUAAUAUUGUCUCUUUAGAUUCAAUAUAUGCGCUAAACAAAGUUUAGGGUUCCUAUAUAUGUUAUGAUCCAAUGGAAAGAGUAGUGAUAAGGGGCGGAAAAUUUUAUAAGGCAAGUAGUCAGCCCUCUGCGCUGAGGCUACGCUAGUAGAUACUUGGAAGUUCAAUAUAGAAUAUUUCAGAUUAAAUUGUUCAUUUAUUGCAGCUACAAGAAUCUACAAAAUCAUUUUGUAUAAAUGUUUCAGUUCAGGAACCAUAUGACUCCAUUGAACUUGUACAUUCUAAUGUGCAUGUUGUACGGUCACCGUAUUAGAAACUGGUAGAGCUGCAUUGCUUUUGAGGUGAUCUCGCCGUCACUAGUUAUGACGUUUAGUAUUCCCCCCCCCAAUCAACCCCCAGCUCAACUAUAACUUAUAUACAGAGUGUCAUGAGAGAAUGAAUAUUAUAAAAUUUACAAACUAAAAUAAUUAUAGUACCUAUUAUUUAAAUAAAUACCCAAAUUUUAACAUUAUAGUCUAAAAAUAUAUUUAGUCUAAAUAUAGUCUUAGUAUAUUUUUAUUCUGUUUGUAGUAUGCGAUAUGUUGAUGUCAGUACCUCAAUAAAUCUCAUUUAAAUCGGGCAAUUAUUUUAGUGACACUCUGUAAAUAGCUUUCCGUACGACUCUGAUUGAUGUUCUUGUAGUUAAACAGCCACAAAAAAGUUGACUGCUGGGCUUUUAUGGGUAGCCUACUCUCCAACCUUUCAUCCAUUAACUAGCAGCUUAAUUUAAUACAAGUGAGUGAUUCUUAGUAAUAAGUGAAGAAAUUAAACUAACCGGGGGAUUUUUUGCUAUAAAGGUGGCCUUAACAUUGUUAUUUAGCUUCGUGCGAGAUAUUGUGAUUGUUUGAAGCAUUUCCUGUUUAAAAUUGAAUUCAACCAUCACUUUUGUCAAUGUGUUGCAGGAUCCAAAAAUGUUGUACUAAAUGAUGCUAGCUCAUACACUAAUUCACAAUCAAUUACAAUAUAGCUAUUCUAUUCAGCGAAGUUUACAAUGUAUGAAGAAUAAUUAUUAUUAAUCAUAAUGAAGAUUGCAUGCAAUUUGAAUUUCGAUGAUAUAAUAAGUCGGGUGUUGGAUGCUCGCUAGUCCAACACACAUAUACAUUCAAUCGAUAAAUUCUUGUGCAUCCUUAAAAAUCGCAUUCAUUGAAGUAGUGAAGGAACUCUAAUUUUUCAUAUUUCUCGAAAAACCGCUUUUCUCUUAUAAUCUUCAUGAGUAAACAAGUAAUACAGUCAUAAAAACAAGCUAGCGUUGAAAAGCAAGCAUUGCAUUAUUUUGAAACGUAUUUAUUACUACACAGAACACGUUAUAAAUUCAUAAUAGCCAUAAAUUUAAUUACAGAAGCCAUUCUGUGUAGCCAUAAAUGUGUGAAAUGUUCUGAAAAAGUUGAGACUAUUCCUCGACGUUUAUGAAGUUGUGUUUUAUCAAACUUCCAUCGUAAAUCAUUGAUGAUUGAAUUUUAAUCAUAUGAAUGAUGCCAAAAGUUGAGUGAAGAGUCGAGUUCCAAUAUUGGCAGUUUGCUAUAACGAAUUCCAUUUCAGCAUAGAUAGAAAAGCCAUAUUAAAAUUACGAUCACAAUAUUGUCUUGCACAAACAGGUCAAAUAUUAUUCUAUGUACUGUUUCUAUAAUUUUAUAUUUUUAACUAAUUCAAUUAUAUUUGUGAUGCAUGUUUAUGAGGUGUGUGUGUAUCAGUAUGGGUGAUGAAUCUGUGUUCUUGUGUGAAUAGUUUGUAUUAGAAAAUGAUAUUAUUAUUAUUAUAAGCUGGAAUUAAAAUUAUAUUAUUUUAUUAUAAGCUAGAAAAUUUGUACUUCUCAUAUAUUAUUAGAAAUUAACUUUCAAUCUGAGCAACAUAUUUUCAAUGCUCAUAUCUUCCAUUUCGCUAUAUCAUAAACUUUAUUUAUUUCAUGAUAUCCCGCUAUAUCUCGUCUCAUCAUUUCUAUAGAUUAAUCGAUCAUUAAUUAUUCAAGACGUUUACUUUUACUCUUGAUAUUUUUAGUUUGGCAUUAUAAUGUAUUGGAAACUAAAGAUGCUUAUUUUUAUCGUAAUAUUUUUUUAUUUAUUGAAUAAUUUACUGGGAACAGUAUUCAGUCGUUUAUAUACCGUAAGAUUUUGGUCAAAAAUAUUUUUAUAUCAAAAUAUUGCACUCAAAAAUUGCUGCAACAUUUAAAAAUAUUGAGUUGUUUCAGAAAAAUUAAAAAUUACAAAAAGUGUAUUUUUGAGCCAGCCUCAUCGACAUUUAAUUGUUGAGUAUUUUAAAUUAUUGUGACUCAGCUCUAGUAUUUUAUUGUGAUAUUUUUUGAGAUUGCAUGGUACGAUGAACAAGAUGAAUCAGAUUAUAUUCUAUGCUAAUAUAGAUUUGGAACAGAUUUCAAAUGUCAAAUUUCUGUCUUGACUAUUCAAUUUUGUAGAACUAUAUUAGAAUUUUCUCAUCAUCAAUCCCUCCAAAUGCUCACUCUGAUAAUUUGGUUUUGGACGAGACUAUUUUAUGUUUCAUUCAAAACUAACUCUCUUAAUUGCAUCAAAAAAUGAGGAAAAAAUUAUUAAUCGAGAAGAUAUUCAAACUGGGGUUUCUUCCAUUUAUUCCGUUAUUUCCAAAUUUGAAAUAUUCUGCUUCUCAUGUCACCAAUUUUUCAUUUAUUUAUGUCUCUCAAAUAAUCUAUAAUUUGAGUAGAAAUAUUAAUUAAUUUCACAUAUUUCAUGAUCAAUCUAUUUGAGAUUCGGUUUAGAAUAUGAAAAAAUCAAAUGAAGUCCACUAAGCCAGAGAGUUUUUCUUGAAUCAAAAAUUAUUUCCAAGACCAUCUAAACUUGAAUUUAUGGAAAAGCCUCAAUGCUUGAUGAAUUUCGCAUGAAUAGUUUAAAAAUUAAUUGAAAACUUUAAAAAUAUUAUGCUCAAUAAUUAUGCCUUGUCUUGACUUCUGAUUCUAUAGCCAGCUUAGUAUUAAACGAAAUGAAUAGCCUUGCUUAAUCACGAAAAGCCUUAUUUUAAAAAUAUAAAAUAUGAAUUUUAUUGGUGUUUCGAAUUAAUUUUUAAAUAUUACUGGUGCUUCUAGUUACAUUAUUAAGGAAAUUUAUUGGAUCAAUUAUUCAUUAUGUAUUUUACCAUUUAUUCUUCAAUUCGCAUCGUCUUCGUAAUUAUAUGGAUGGCCUUAUCAAUUAUUAAAUUAGUAAAGAUAAUGUAAAUAAUUAGACCAAUAUGUGGUCUGAUAAGUUGAACCCCAGUUUUCAGGUGCGGGGCGGGCGGAAGUUGAAAUAAGCCAACGGCGUAUACCUGGCUGCCGAAUUCCAAAUUAUAAAGUUACGGCAUGCCAGUCUGGUUGACUAUAAUAGCUGGAAAUGUUAUUGCUAUGCAUAGUAGCGUCUUGAUGUUGUAGAAUGGGAAAAUCGAUCCAGGGAUCAACUUUGAGACUAUUACUGUAGAUAAGUAGUGAGUAGUUAAGGUCCGCACAAAAUACUUUUUAUAUCUUAGUAUAGGUUUUAAGUAUAGGCUUGGUCAUGUAUGAUCUCACGUACACUUGCACACAUGUGCAUCCUAUGUGAUCAUACCCGAAACAUUUUCCAGAAUCAUGUGAUUACUCCUAGUUGCAUCUACCUACAACUACCACAACUAUUCAACUGAAUUUUUGCACUAUCAAGAACAAAUGACUAGUUGCUAGCCACAAGGUUCUAGUUUUUAUUCAAUCGACCUAUUAUUAUUAAUCAAUGAUUCAGGAUUAACAUAAAAAUCUUCAACAGGUUUGUCAUUUAUCUCUUCAUCCGUUGAGCCCACACAUACAUUAACCAGCUUUGAUUCAGUUGUGGAAUUGACUACCUCCUUGUUAUGAGAUGACUCUCCCUCAUGUUUUUCUCUAUUUUCCUAUGCGCCGAUUGUUAACUUUUGUGUUUUUCAUUGGGUUGCAUGGGCGCUGAUUGUUUUAGCUGGUCCUCAACUUCAACUUGCAAGUUUGCAGUUUCAGUAUCAUUACUCAUUCUUCAUUACUCUCCAAUUCGGGAUCUGAUCCACGGCUGUGUUUAGUUUUCACAAGCACUGCAAAUUUAUCCCAUAUUUGUCUCUUCAACAACUUUUUUCGCCAAAUCGAGUUUUUAUGCUUUCUGGUUUUUCGUUGUUCACGUUUAAAUGAUUUAGAUGACACAGAUAUUCUAGUAGAAUAUCUGUAGCUCUCUUGAGAACUGAUAUCCUAAGAUGAACGUUCUAAUUUGAGAGUUGGUUCUAUAAUAGAAAUGAAGCUGAUAUUUGCAGGCAGUUAAGGUAGAGACGUUACUUGAGCUUUGUCUUUUUACUGACUGACAGUUGUUUAUGUCAAAGGGUUCAAUACAUUGAUCAGACACCGAAGCUUGCAAAAUUCAGCUUUGUCUUCUGAAGAUAAUCUUGAAGAAGAUGAACUUGUAAAUUCUACAUAAUAUUACUCCUUGAAAGUUGUAUUAUUAAUACUUGAUACAAGGUGAUACAAAAAUUCAUUGAAUGAUUGAUGAGUGUCAGCUACCUUCGCUAUGGAUAGAAUCCGUCAUGGGUGGUUGGCAGAAAUAUAAUUAUUUUUAUUUUUAACAGACAAUAGGAGGAAAAUGAGAACUUAAUCGUAUAUUAAAUAUUUGAAUGGACCAUUCAGUAAUUGAACUCUUGAACUAAGGAGUGUUAUUCCAAGCAGCUUUACAAAAUUGGCUCACAUCAACCCAACUUUCUCCCUUCAGAUAUCCUUUGAGCUCAUCUGUUGGUAGCACGCUCCUCUUCAGAUAUGUGCACCGUAUUUCCCACUACACCAGACAGCUGGCAAUAAAGUGCUCCACAUCGUCCUCCUCCCUCAGGUUGCACAGAGAACAGAGCUUCACUUCAUUGUUGAUCAAAAACUUGUUGAAUUGAAUAAGCUCUGCUAUUGCCUUCAGAACCAUUUUAUCAAUGUGAAGUCUACUGGUUCAUGACUGUAAUUCCCGCCAUCCUCCUGCACUGGAUACUUCUUCUCAGCAGCUUUAUCUUCCAAUUAUUCCUUGUAGUUUCCAGAGUCAACAGCUUAUUGAACUCAUUGAAGGUGAUUCUUGCUGAAGAUGACCUCUCCCUGAAGUGAGCUGGCAGAGACAAUCCACAUGAUAAAUUUAUUCCAAGAUAUACCGAGUAUUAUACUUGAAACCUAUACCAAGAUAGAGAAUGUUUUUGUGCGGCCCUACUCAAUCACUGUAGUUAUAAUUUACUAGCUUAAUCAUGUUAUUGUAUCUUAUUAAUAAUGGAAGGAAUUGGCUUAUGCAUGCACGGGAUAGAAAAUACGCGUGUGAAGCAUCAUCUCUUCUGAACUAUCAAUUUGAUCAACUUGGAAUUUUGCAUAAAAAUUACGAAUUUAUCGAGGAUAGUUAUAGGCCCAUUUUUAAAUCUAUUGAUCAAUCGAUUCUAAUUUUAAUAUUUAAAACUGAUUAAUUCAAUUAUGUGUGAUACAAAGUUCACGAUACCAAUCAAAUAAGUUACCGACUGGUCUCGUGGCCCAGAGAUAACCCGCAAGUGGAACUUUUCAAUGAAAGAUUGUGGGUUCAAUUCCAGCCAGUCAUUUUUUGUUGCUGAGAAUUUUCAGCUUCAAUGAAGAUUUAACAAGUAAUUUUGACAAUUAAUUAUAUUUUUUCAAUCAAGUUAUCUAUUGUAAACUUCCACAGUUGUCAAGUUAGUAAAUUUGAUUGGAUAACACUUUUAAUUUUCAGCACGGAAAGAAAAAGUUAUUCAAUCUAUUUAUGUUUUUCACAGACCCUUGCGGAGCGCGGGUUACGCCUGUUUGUCUCUACUAAAUUACUUUUAAAUUAACCUUCCAAUAUGAAGGUCAUUCAUUUAAAUACGAAAAAGAUGCAAAUUGAAGAAAAAAAAUGAAAAUUUAUUUACCUAAGAACUGAAUAUUGUUUUCAAUGUGAUGUCCCGAUGUUAUUACUAACUUUAAAGAGAAACAUAAGGCAGGACAAUAUUUAAAAAAAAGAAGAAAAAUAUAUAAUUAUUUACAGGGUAAUUUUUUGGUCAUGUUACCCACUUUCUAAUUUAUUGAAAAACGGAAAUUCAGUUGUAAUAGAAAUGUAUAGUUCAUGCAUGAAAAAGAAAUAUAAUAUUUGAUUACUCAUUUCUUAGCUAUUAAGGAUUAUUGAAGUAUAUGCUAAAAAUAUCCACCCAUUGAAGUUAUUCAACCCUAAUAUUCAUGUUCCAUGACAAAAUAAGUAGAUUCUGUUGAUGAGACGACACUGGAAUCCACACAGAAUGUUUCAAGGAUAAUCAACUCGCACUGCCUACUGAUUGAGUAGGGCUAUCAACUUCGUGUGACAAAACAAAAUGUUCUUUUAUUAGGUAACAUGACUGAAAAAUCAUUUUGUAUUAUACAGAGUGAGUCAUAUGUAUGGGAACACCUAAAUAAGUUGGAGACUGCUGUAGAUAUAAUACUGUAACUCUCAGGAUAAGUUAUUGGUCAAAUACUCUACCUUUUGACGUACAACUGAAUUUCAACCCCUCACAAGGGGGUGACUUAGGGGUUGUAACUAGAAUAUUUCAAAUUUAAACAGCCAUUAUGUAGUACAUCAAUUUAAAUGCAUUUUUUAAAACAAGAAAGAUGGUAUCGAUAAAAAUGUUCUAUGAUACUUGUAUCCAAAAUGGCGGCUGAUUGAACUUUAUCAAUUAUUUCUUUAAAAACUAAAACUUCAAUCAGCCGCCAUUUUGGAUACAAGUAUCAUAGAACAUUUUUAUCGAUGCCAUCUUCCUUGUUUUAAAAAGGUCUUUAAAAUUAUGUAUCACACAAUGGGUGUUUACAUUCAAAAUAUUUGCGUUACAACCUCUCAUUUCCUUUAAAACUUAAACUUCAAUCAUCCGCCAUUUUGGAUACAAGUAUCAUAGAACAUUUUUAUCGAUGCCAUCUUUCUUAAGGUUUAAAAAGGCCUUUGAAUUGAUGUACUACAUAAUGGCUGUUUACAUUUGAAAUAUUCUAGUUACAACCCCUAAGUCACCCCCUUAUGAGGGGUUGAAAUUCAGUUGUACGUCAAAAGGUAGAGUAUUUGACCAAUAACUUAUCCUGAGAGUUACAGUAUUAUAUCUACAGCAGUCUCCAACUUAUUGAGGUGUUCCCUUACAUAUAUGACUCACUCUGCAUAAUUAUAUUAUUAAUACAUAUUACUGAUGAAGGUAUCUAUUACUUAUCCGAAAGUGACGGUUAGUAGAGGUUCUACUAAAUCUAUAUAGGCCUAAUAAUAAUUGUGUUUCUAGUAGUAUUUUAUUGUUUUGAUUGUUCCCGUAAAUCAUAAAUACUCAUUGUGAAUUUAUGUAGUGAUAUUUCUCGCCAACUUAUAAAUGUUUGAGAAUUAUUUUUAGACUAUUUUAAAAAUUGAGAUUCAUUUCACGUUUUUACUAAUGACAUAAGAUAUUAUUAUUAUCGUCUACCCGUUUCAUUUUAAACAUUGUGAUUUUAAAAAUUGAGAUUCAUUUCACAUUUUUACUAAUGCCAUAAGAUAUUAUUUUUAUUAUUAUUAUUAUCAUCGUCUACCCUAUUUUAAACAUUGAGAUUUUAAAAAUUAAGAUUCAUCAAUUUUUACUUAUGUCAUAAGAUAUUAUUAUUAUUAUUAUUAUCGUCUACCUGUUUCAUUUUAAACAUUGAGAUUCAUUUCACAUUUUUUACUAAUGCCAUAAUAUAUUAUUAUUAUUGUCCACCUGUUUCAUUUUAAACAUAUUUUUUUAACAAGUGACAUUCAAUAUUAAAUUUCAAAAUAUAGUAUUAUUUUAGGUUCAAUUUUAUCACAAAUGUAUACUUUGCAUGAUUAGAAGAAUAAGUUUUAAUAUUAACAUUUUUUAUGUGUGAUCUGGACUGUAUAGGCUUCAUGAGUAGAUUAGAUUGUUGGACGCCAAAAUAACAAUUAGUUUAAAUGUUAUUGUGGCAUCCAACUGAUAGUUUUUAAAAUAAUUUUAGUGUUAAACGUAGCCUAUUUGGUAUGUCUGGUUAAGAAUUUUAAUAUAAUAAUAAUUUCUUAUUGCAACAUUGGAGGUCUAGAAAUAUGUAUUACGUAUUUAUAAAAUCGAAUUUAAGACUGAUGUAAAUGUAGUUCACAAUAAUAAUUUCAUGAGGUAAUUAUGAAGCAAAAGUACAUACCCUCAGACAUAGCUGCUUUAUAACAAAUAUUAUAAACAUUGAUGAAAUAGAAAAGAAUCAUUAACAUCUUUUCAGAAACCUAUCCUUGGAUCAUUCCAAUUCAACAGAGAUCUCCAUGGUUGAAGGUUUUUUCCUAGAGCUCCUUCGUUCAGUUGGGACAAAAAUAGACCAUGGGACCACCACAUUCAUGUGUGAUCUCUCAGAGACAUCAAUCAUGAAUGUUAUGCUGGUCUCAACAAAACUAACAAGUUCUUGAAAUGUCGUAUUUGCUGAUGAUGUUAUGGUGUAGUAAUAUUCAAACCUUAACUACGAGGAUCAUUCUUUUUCAACCUCCGAUUGUUCAUAAAAUCCGAAUAAGAGAAUAUUUUCUAAAAUCUACUCAAACUAUGAUUAUUCUUUUGACGUGAAGGUUGAGGCUUUUUUCAUGCCAUUGGACCAGCCUACCAAAACUCUCUUCAUAAAAUGCUGCCGCCAAAUGAGUUAAAGUGGGCUUUGACGUUGUAUUUGAGCUCCCCGUUAGUAAGGAAGCUCUGCCAUCAAAGUCAUGUCUUGAGUUUGAGGAGAAGGUAUAAGUAAUGUUACUAGUGCCAAAGUCAGGUUUGAAUGGUGUGUGAUCGAAAAAAUCCCAUUUGAUUUGCUGGAGAAGCCGUGUGGUUACACGAGCACUGUGAGUCAGAGUUGUCAUGCAUCACGACGAUUUCGGAAGUCAUUUCAACUGACGUCUUUCAGUUUCCGAGACCAUUCACGUUUUCUGCGUAAACUUGAAUAAUUUAUCGUCGAAUUUAUGCUGAACUGUUGCCUUUUGCUUACAAUAACGCUACGUCCACUCGGUGGCAGACAAGUGAGGCGGCCGUGUUUGUGGGUUUAUAAUUCGACAACAAUUGUCGAUCUGGCCGCACCGAUGACAGGGCGUUUCAGUUAUGUAAAAUUCCCCCCCCACCGCUUCUCUGUGUCUUAUGAUAUGAGAUCGGAGGUUGAAAAAAAUGACCCUCGUAUACCCUUAUAAGGUGUUAGACUAUUAGAAUGCAACUAUGAACUCGUUCUCUAUGCUAAAACCUCAGAUUAGAAUGUCAUUAUUUAUCACCAAUUAAAUUACAUAGUCUAAUCAUUUCUUGUUAAAAAUGUUCAAUGCUGAAUAUUCCUUAUGUAUAGUGAUUAUGAGUUUGAUUACUUCUUAAUUUGUGGUUAAUUUUGUGCCUUUUGAACGACUAAUGUUGAAAAUGGUUUCUUGUCCAUAUUUCAGUGUUAUUGAAAUGUUUCAUUAUAUAUUAUAAUGAUAUAAAUGCUGAAUAAUUAUCCGUGAACAAUUAAUCUAAUAAAUUGAUUAAAAAUUAAA